AUGGAUGCAAAAGUAGCUUCUUUGAAUCAUGAUAAUGUCGCCGGAGGUGUAAUUGAAGGGAAGAAGGAGGUGAAAUCCGGCAAUUUUCCGUUGACGUUGUGGGAGGUGACGAUGGCUUGCGGCGUCUUAUUGGGAUUUGUUUUAGGGUUGUUGGGUAUCUACCUAACAAUGCCUGCAUCUGAUUACAGCUUCCUCAAGCUUCCCCGUUCUCUGCAAGACCUCCAAAUUCUCAAGGAUAACCUGGAGAGCUAUACAAGUGACUACACCAUACAGGUUCUUGUGGGAUACUGCCUCGUCUAUGUUUUUAUGCAGACUUUUAUGAUUCCAGGAACUGUAUUUAUGUCCUUACUUGCUGGAGCCCUCUUCGGGGUCUUCAAAGGUGUAGCUCUUGUUGUAUUCACAGCUACUACUGGUGCAUCUUCGUGCUACUUCUUAUCCAAAUUAAUUGGUCGACCACUCGUCUUCUCCCUCUGGCCUGACAAAUUAACCUUUUUCCAAGCCCAGGUCGCUAAAAGAAGGGAGCGGCUGCUGAACUACAUGCUUUUCCUAAGAGUCACUCCAACAUUGCCAAAUACAUUUAUAAACGUUGCUUCGCCAAUUGUAGAUGUUCCUUACCAUAUUUUCUUCUUGGCUACCUUUGUUGGGAUCAUCCCUGCUGCUUUCGUCACAGUCAGGGCUGGAAUAGCGCUUGGCGACUUGCAAUCAGUGGGUGAUCUCUACGACUUUCAGUCUAUAAUCACUCUAUUUCUAAUAGGUGUUGUGUCUAUUACCCCUACGUUGAUAGGCAACAAGGGCAAACCAUGA